CACUACAGCCUAGGCGGCAAACUUGAAUAUCACGAACAGAUGCAACUACACGGUGUGGGUGGCCCUCAUGCCCAAAAGUGCCACAAGACUGAACCCUAACGAAUCAUGGAGCCUCAACGUGGCGUAUGACACUGAAAGAGGAUGCACCUUCAACAGUACAUGUCUAACCAGUGACUGCAACAGUAUGUUCACGUGCAACAAAAUGGCUGGUGGAAUUCACGUAACAAUCUCGACUUCUACGAUCUUCCUCAUCCACGGUUUCAACAUUCCCAUGCAAUUGAGCCCCUCCUACAGUUGCAGCUCCGUUCAAUGCGCCGUCAACAUCACUCGGAAACAAGGCUUUUUAAUUACCAUAAGGAUAAAAGUUAAUUUUCAAAUUUCAAUAUAAUUUUUAGUUAAUAUAUUAUUUUAAUAACUCAGAUAAUUUACCACACUCAUUACAUAUUUUGGUGAUAACCCAUGAACCACUUGAUUUGGUAGUCACAAUAGAUUUUGUCAUCUUACUUUUUAACCAAAGAAAAUCUUAAUACGAAAAUUUUGGUAAUUUCAUCUUAUAAUGAGUUUCUCCUACGCUGGGAAGAGUCUCGGGCAGUAAUCAACUCCACUCAAAAUGAUGGUAUUGGAAGCAUAUGCGCUAAGCUAACUCCUUGAAGUUGGAAGCAUUAGUUCAACACACCGUUUCUCUUAUGGCCGCGCUUUCAUAUCAACCUUUCUUCGCUCUUCAGAGAAUCACUUCCACCGACGCCAAAACCAACAACGCCUUCUUCAUUCGCCCGCGUCCUUCCGUUCCUCCCUGGCCUCGCUUGCCACGACGUCGUUGCACGCCGCGCUUCGUUACCUCCGCCUCCGUUAAGGAAAAUCUCGGUGGCGUUCAAAAGCGUUUCACCGACUUCACGAGCUUGAACUACUGGGUUGUUCGCGACUACUACCGUCUUGUCAGCUCCGUCAACGCCUUCGAGCCGCAGAUUCAGGCGCUCUCCGAUGAACACCUGGCCGCCAAAACCCCCGAGUUUCGCCGCCGCCUCGAGCGAGGGGCUACGCUUGCCGAUAUCCAAGCUGAGGCUUUCGCUGUUGUUCGUGAAGCUGCAUGGAGGAAACUCGGAAUGCGCCAUUUCGAUGUUCAGAUUAUUGGUGGAGCGGUGCUGCAUGAUGGUUCCAUUGCUGAGAUGAAAACGGGGGAGGGUAAAACCUUGGUUUCUACGCUAGCGGCUUAUCUUAAUGCGCUGACCUCUGAGGGUGUUCAUGUGGUAACUGUCAAUGAUUAUUUGGCUCAACGUGAUGCUGAAUGGAUGGGGCGUGUUCAUCGUUUUUUAGGUCUCUCCGUUGGUCUUAUUCAGAGAGGAAUGAAUUCCGAAGAACGGAGAUUCAACUACAGAUGCGAUAUAACAUAUACCAAUAAUUCGGAGCUUGGCUUUGAUUACUUGCGGGAUAAUCUUGCUGGAACUAGAGAACAGCUUGUAAUGAGAUGGCCAAAACCCUUUCAUUUUGCAAUAGUUGAUGAAGUGGAUUCUGUCCUGAUAGACGAAGGAAGAAAUCCUUUGUUAAUCAGUGGUGAGGCUAGUAAAGAUGCUGCACGAUUCCCUGUUGCUGCAAAAGUAGCUGAACUUCUUAUACAGGGCAUUCAUUACAAAGCAGAGCUUAAAGAUAAUUCUGUGGAGUUGACUGAGGAAGGAAUUGCUCUUGCUGAAAUGGCUCUUGAAACUAAUGAUCUUUGGGAUGAAAAUGAUCCCUGGGCCAGAUUUGUGAUGAAUGCUUUAAAAGCUAAAGAAUUCUAUCGCCGAGACGUGCAAUACAUUGUUAGAGAUGGGAAGGCUUUGAUUAUCAAUGAGCUGACAGGAAGAGUUGAAGAGAAAAGGAGAUGGUCUGAGGGUAUUCAUCAGGCUGUGGAGGCAAAGGAAGGUUUGAAGAUUCAGGCAGAUUCUGUUGUUGUAGCACAGAUCACAUACCAGUCAUUAUUCAAGCUCUAUCCAAAGUUGUCAGGAAUGACUGGGACUGCCAAAACAGAAGAGAAAGAGUUCUUGAAAAUGUUUCGAAUGCCAGUGAUUGAAGUGCCCACAAAUCUUCCUAAUGUUCGAAAAGAUUUGCCUAUUCAAGCUUUUGCUACUGCUCGUGGGAAAUGGGAGCAAGUUCGUCGAGAAGUUGAAUAUAUGUUUAGACAAGGUCGUCCUGUCUUAGUUGGGACAACUAGUGUAGAAAAUUCAGAACUUUUGUCUGGUCUGCUUAGGGAAUGGAAUAUUCCUCAUAAUGUUCUGAAUGCUCGUCCCAAGUAUGCUGCAAAAGAAGCUGAAAUUGUUGCACAGGCAGGACGGAAACAUGCCAUUACCCUCUCUACAAAUAUGGCAGGCAGAGGCACAGAUAUAAUCCUUGGAGGAAAUCCAAAAAUGCUUGCCAGAGAAAUUAUAGAGGAUAGCUUACUUUCUUUUUUGACGCAAGAGGAUCCAAAUGCUGAACUUGCAGAUGAGUCUAUUUCACAGAAGGUGCUUCAAAAGAUAAAGGUUGGAUCAUCAUCAAUGGCCUUACUGGCUAAGACAGCCUUAAUGGCAAAAUAUGUAUCCAAAAGUGAGGGUAAAAGUUGGACAUAUCAGAAGGCUAAAUCUUUUAUCUUGGAGGCUGUUGAAAUGAGUCUUUCAUACAGUUUGGAGGAGCUGGAGAAGCUUGCUAAUGAGGAAUCUGAGAUCUACCCUCUUGGUCCAACUGUAGCACUUGCCUAUCUGUCAGUUCUGAAGGAUUGUGAAGAACACUGCUUGCUUGAAGGUUCCGAGGUAAAAAGGCUUGGGGGUCUUCAUGUGAUUGGUACAUCUUUACAUGAGUCCCGGAGAAUAGAUAACCAGCUACGUGGCAGAGCAGGAAGACAGGGGGAUCCAGGAUCAACACGAUUUAUGGUUAGCUUGCAGGAUGAGAUGUUCCAGAAGUUCAAUUUUGAUACUGAAUGGGCAGUGAGACUUAUCUCAAAGAUUACGAAUGAUGAGGAUCUGCCAAUUGAGGGUGAUGCAAUUGUAAAGCAGCUUUUGGCGCUGCAAAUCAAUGCAGAAAAGUUCUUCUUUGGCAUACGAAAGAACCUUGUUGAGUUUGAUGAAGUAUUGGAGGUGCAACGCAAGCAUGUUUAUGAUCUAAGGCAAUUAAUCUUAACAGGAGAUGAUGAAAGCUGUUCCCAACACAUAUUCCAGUACAUGCAAGCAGUGGUGGACGAGAUUGUCUUCAGUAAUAUUGAUCCACUGAAGCAUCCACGUAGCUGGGGUUUGAGUAAGCUCUUGAAGGAGUUUGUCACUGUUGGUGGAAAGCUGUUGCAAGAAUCUUUUGGAGUAAUUAGUGAUGACACUUUGCUAAAUUCACUCGGGCUACUGAAUGAUUUGAGUUCAGUUGAUAUUGUCAACUUUUCCCUUCCAAAUUUGCCAGCACCUCCAAAUGCCUUCAGGGGAAUUCGUAGAAAGAGUUCUUCAUUAAGACGAUGGCUUGCUAUUUGCAAUGAUGAUUUAAUUGGGAAUGGGAAAUAUCAAACAACUUCUAAUCUUCUACGCAAGUAUCUUGGAGAUUUUCUAAUUGCUUCAUAUUUAAAUGCUGUUGAAGAGUCUGGUUAUGAUGAGAGACAUGCAAAGGAGAUUGAGAGAGCUGUUCUUUUGCAAACUCUUGAUUGUUUCUGGAGAGAUCAUCUUGUAAACAUGAAUCGGCUCAGCUCUGCGGUGAACGUUAGGAGCUUUGGCCAUAGAAAUCCUCUUGAAGAGUACAAAAUUGAUGGUUGUCGGUUUUUUAUAUCAAUGCUCAGUGCAACUAGAAGGUUAACUGUAGAAGCAUUGCUGCAGUAUUGGACAUCUCCAAUGGAAUCCCAAGAACUAUUUUUAUCAUAAAAGUGGAUAAUUCAAGAAAAUUUAACGAGGCCAAUUUUUUGCACAAUGCUAUUGGUGUUUCAACUAGUCAAUUGGUUUGUAUGGUGUAGAUAUACCAAAAGUUAGAUGGCUUCAGGAGCUCAGGUUCCUUCAUCUCACAGCAGUGUUAUCCUUUUUUGCUUUUUCAAAAUUACAUGGAGUAUACCUGGAGGUGCUCAUAAAAAUGAUCUGUUAUCACGAGCGUGCACUCUAUUACAUAGGCAAAGCAAUCGAAGGAGCUGCUCGUAUUUCUUUUAAUGCUUUUACUUAGAUUACAUGAUUUAUCUGUUAUGUUGAUUAAAAUGAGGUUUACAUGGUGCCUGGUGCCGAGAAGUUUAGCUAGAGCUAUGCCUAACGCGAUGAGCAACUGUCCAUCACGACCUCUUUGUUCUUCUGAAAAGAAUACCAAGCCAAUUAAAAUAUGCAUCAUCGUCCAGCUUACUUUUUCUUUAGUUUAGUUAGGAGUGUAACAUAAGUCAUAGUGGAUCAUUUUUUUCUCAUGCUUGAAUCUAAUUUUAUUCUUUUGUCAGUUUGUACCAAAAAAAAAUGCAGAAUGUAAACUAUGAAGCAUGUAUAAUGUAUAAUAUAUAAUGAAUUACAUUUGCAGUUUUAUUUA